AUGUACUUCUUGCGGGAAGGUCUGUUCGAGUGCUGCAGUUCCGCCUCCUUUGGAAAGCCAGAGUUCCUCUCGAAGGAGAAGUUGAUCUCCGCCCGCCCAGGAACCAGCCUAGCCCCCAGCUCAACUGGAAACCUGGACUUGUACUACCAGCGAUGGCAAAGUGAUCGACGUCAGCAAGUACGGGCGGUGGUUUUUGUCCAUUCUGGUGAGACAGACCACGCCGCCUGGUACAAUGCUCUUGCCGUACGUCUUGCGGCUGCUGGGUGCGUGACCGUGGCCUUGGAUCCACAGGGCUUUGGGCAGUCAGAUGGGGCGCGAGGGUACUUCGAAAGUUUCCAGGAAGUUGUGGAUGACUUCGUGUGCUUUGUCAAGGCGAAGUGGACUGAGAUGUCAUCGCAGCAGGGCUUCCCUGCAACCCUCAUUGUGGUGGCCAAGGGGCUCGGCGCACUCGUGGCCAUGUCUGCACUGCCAGAGCUGCGGGCGAUGGCCUUGGAGAGUGGCACCGUGCCGGCGCUGGCGCUGCUUUCGCCCGGUUUUCAGUUUGCCCGCUUCAUCUCUGACCAAUCCGGCGUGAGCUGCGGCCUCAACUCUGCACAGUGUGCGCGGCAGCCCUUGGCACAGUGCGCACGAGCUCCAAUUGCAUUCACACCCACCGGGGAAACGCAGAAGCUCGAGUACUUGUCGCGCUGGUUUCCCAAGAUGAUCGUGACGCAGCCUGUUGACCCAGACCUGGUGUGCCGUGAUCCGCAAGCAGUGGAGCGCAUGGCCAGGGAUCACUUGAUAUGGCGGCAGGGGUACCGAGCUCGGGUGCUGUCGGAGAUCGUUGAAGCACAGAACAGGCUCCUUCAAUCCAUCGAGCAGCAUGGCGAGGACUUUCAGUGCCCGGCUUUGAUCUUGCAUGGCAGCGGCGACAAGUUAUACUCCGUGCAAGGAAGCAUCGGCAUCCACAGCGCGUGGUGCCAGGGAGUUGAGUCGGAGGCCACAGCGCUGGUGCCACGUCUGAAAAUCUAUGAUGGGGCAUACCACCAGUUGUUGAAUGAGCCGAACAAGGACGAGGUGAUGAACGACAUCGUGAACUUCGCCCUUUCCUCUCUGACCGGCUACUGA